AUGCUUCGAUUUGGCAAUUCAUCAACAUCUGAUUACUUCAAACUUCUUGAUUUAGAUGGCGAUCAUUUACUGAUUGGUGCAAGAGAUGUAGUCUACAAUAUUAGUGUUAGAACAUUUCUUGAAGUUCAUUCAAUCAGAUGGCCGUCAAAGAAAAGUGUUAUCAAUGAAUGCUUAAUGAAAGGAAAACCAAAAGAUGCAUGCCAUAAUUACGUACGUGUUCUAGCGAAAGAUGACAAGAAUGGUGUCUUAGUUUGUGGUACCAAUGCUUUUCAACCAAUGUGUCGAAAAUACGAGCAUGAAAAGUAUGGCGAAUAUAGACAAGUGUUAGAAUUUUCUGGAUUAGGCAUUGCUCCUUAUGAUCCAAAUUAUAACUCAACAUUUCUAAGGGAUAAUGAUCUGUUAUAUGCAGGCACAGUAUCAGAUUUUUCGGGAGCUGAUCCGUUGAUACAUCAACGGAAUGUUACAAAGGUCGUUGAUUUGGGUAUUCGGACUGAACGAAAUGAUGUCAAAUUUCUGAAUGAACCGCAGUUUGUUGGUUCAUUUCGUGAUGACAAAUACGUAUAUAUUUGGUUCCGUGAGCAAGCGGUAGAACAAGAACUUUGUGGUGCUGGCGCUGGCAUUUAUUCGAGAGUUGCUAGGUUGUGUCGGUCAGAUUAUGGUGGACCGAGACCUUAUGCAAAUGAGUGGACAUCAUUUGUGAAAGCCCGCUUAAACUGCUCUAUACCUGGCCAGUAUUCAUUUUAUUUUGACCAGAUUGAAGCAAUUUCUGCUUCUAAAGUAUCGUUUUCUUCUGAAAGUAACAACUUAAUCUACGCGGUAUUUCGUAGUCCUCUAGCUGGUAUCUCAUUAUCUGCAAUUUGUGCUUUUGAUAUGAAGCAAGUUAACGCUGUCUUUUCCCAUUCAAAGUAUACUAAUACUCAUCAAAACAACAUGCAAUCACUUUGGAUGAUGCAAACGCAAAAUUCAAAAUUCCGACCUGGUAAUUGCGUUAAUGAUUCUCGAUUACUACCUGAAGAAGCAGUAGCAUUUGCUCGAGCUAAUCCUUUAAUGGCUGAAGCAAUUCCAAAUUAUUUCGUUGCACCUGUAGUGGUACAUUCAGGUUUUGAUCAUUUCACACAAAUAGCUGUUGAUGCUAAGGUGAAAGCUGUUGAUGGGCAUUUGUAUGAUGUAAUUUUUGUUGGUACUGAUCGUGGAAAUAUUUUCAAAAUGGUAAAUAUGGCUGGAAAAAAUAUUGCUAGGGCAAGACAACUAUCUCAUCAUAUUUAUACGCUUCAGAUUACUGAUGAGGCGAUUCAAAAUUUGAUGUUAUAUAGAAGUAAUACGGCUUCAUUAAAUGAAAGCUAUUUGAUAGCAGUUAGUGAACGUUCAGUGACCCGAGUUCCUUUAGCUCAAUGUAACCACUUUCUUACGUGUUAUGAAUGCGUUGCGUUACGUGACCCACAUUGUGCUUGGAAUCUGGAAACAAAACAGUGUGUACUACUUGAUGAUUUGAACGGGUCAUAUGAACAAGAUAUUGUAACAGGCCGUGGCGAUCGUUGUGGUACUAUUGCAAAACUACAGCAAUUUUUCAGUUUUGAUACUGCUCCAAUUCUUAACGAUUCAGAUGAACCCUUGCAAGAUGUAUCCUACGUGAUUCCUUCAUCACCAACUUCUACGGUAAUCAACGAAAGCUGUAUCUGUGAGGAUAAGCGUCCAAUUCCAGCUUGUGCUUCUGGUAGUUCUGCUCCUGUUGCCAUCCUUGCAGAUUCUAGCUUGAAUUCAUCGUUUGCAAAUAACAGUCUAGCUAUAUCAGUACUCUGCGCUUCAAUUGCAACUUUAGCUAUGAUUGUUGGUUUCUUUGUUGGAAAUUUGUACUGUCAUUGGAAGGUGAUAAGUGAGACAAAGUCUUCAUCAUAUCCAUCUUUCAGCACAAUGCCACAACCUGUUUAUGCUUCUACCAGAUUAUCAUCACCAUCACUGAAUAUCAUUAAUGCAUAUGAAUCCGUCCCAAAGUUCACAGAAACAUUUUUACCUCAACGCUCUGACUCACCGAUAUCUCUUAUGGUAGAAGAUUUAUCAUCAAAAUUACCCUCAAUACUGGGUCAAUCAACACUGCCAAAAAACUACCGUACAAAACAAAUUUAUUUAUAG